AUGACAUAUUCUCGUGUGAAAUGGAGACAUUCCAUAAGUCAAGAUGCAUUAAAUCUAGAAAAAGAUGAUAAAAUAAAGCCAAACAGUUCUGGAAAUUCUAAAAAAGACAAGAGUUAUAUAGAGUUAUAUAGAGUUCUGUGCGAGGCCUUCAACCUCAUUGGCAAGGAACUCACCACCUCAUCCGCCAACGUAACCGUCAAGGUCCAGCAAGUGAGAUCAAGUGGAUACACCCUCGUGUCUGGCACGUUGAUCGGGCUCUUUUUGGUGGCCAUCCUCAUCGGCGUGGCCACUGUCGUCGUGUUACGUGGGUUAUUAUUCUUCGAAAACUUCUAUGAUUGA